AUGCCGGCUGACAUAAGGAAGAUGUGCGAAACAGUUGAGGAAACACCUCGCUUCGGCGAUGCCAGGAACCACAUGAGCGCGGACGAUGAAAUGACCAUUAAAUGUGCUUACCGGCGCGCAUGUCGGUUCCUUGACAAUGACAACUACAAGGAAUGGAUCGUGCAGCUACAAGAUGCCAAAGCCAGGAGUUGGUUGCAGAAUCACAAAGACCUGGCCCACAUGCGGUACUACUUUGACAUAGGUGUGGGAACCUUCGACAUAUUGGGUGGCAACUACCCAACGACAAGCCUUGCCCAGAAUGAAAUGGUUGACAAGAAGAAACUUUGCUGGAUGGGCCGAGGCUGA